AUGUCAAGAACGUUAAAAGGCUGUGGGAAAAACCUAAACGGACUAUAUGACGAAAAUAUAAACAAAGAAUAUCUUAAGAAAUGGGAGUUACAACAGAGUUUGUUUAACACAGUGCGUUACAAUUUACCGACAUCUUGGACGUACGAUCAUAACGUUUGCAUAUGUCCUAGGGCUGUUCCAAGCGCAAAUUCUCAAACAUUAACUCAAGGCCAUAAAGAUUCCAGGGCAAUAUGUUUCUCUCAGCAGUAUGCAACGUGUACAGAACAUAUUGAACUUCAAGGAGAAACGAAAACUUGCACGAUAAGAAACAAGAGAUCUGUUGAGCGCCAUAGAAGAAAUAAUGAAAGGCUGUUUGCUCUCUCGUCAUUAAAUGAUAAUUUGCGUAGCCGAAUUCGCAAGAGUACUACCAAUACUCACAUGUCUGAAGAGCAAGCUUACAAAGAGUGCCUCGAUGUAUUCAGAUCAAAGCCGACAUACAACAUGAUAAAUGAUUUACCUGACAUAGCUUUGAACCAAUCAUUAUCUGCAUGUGUCAAUGAUAUGAUGAGUCGACAAAGUAGCGGCUAUAUUCAUGUUUCAGGAACGUGUGUAUGCAAAGACGAUUACGUCGGGGCUUCUUGUUUUGUAAAGAAAUCAACACCUCUAGAAUUUACCGAUAUAGAAGGUGGUGGUGAAUGCGAUCUUGCCGACGGAGACGAUUGUCACGAAUGUCUUCAGUUUCACACGGAUAACCUACUGAAAGGAUUCAAGUGCAGAAUUGAUAUAAAUGAUGUUGAUGUAAACGGAACAGUGGUCAAUUCUGAUAACCUCGAGCGUAACGGAGAGUAUGAAAGUGUAUUCGACGGAUAUUGCUGUCCUUCGGCUGCAGAGAAACGACGAAAGAAAAGGGAUGUCACAUCUCAUGGGUUUACUGUAAGAUACUCUGUAUCUAUAAGCAACGAUGGAAUACACUUUGGCCCAAGUAGGAAUGUUGAUGUCUUCGAUUCCACUUGUCAGUCAUUCGUCGUGAUGCCAACAGGCGAUCUCCUUUUUAGUUUGAAGGCAGACACAUGUUAUAUUGGUAACCAAUGCUACAGGGAUGGCGACCGAAGUCUUGUAAGUCCCAGCCUCAUUUGCUGUCCAACAGUUACAAGCUACCAGUGGACAAAUCGGCAAGAAUGUGAUACGCAACACAGUAAUUCGGAAAACAGCAGGGAUAGUAGUAAUGUUGAAGUUGUCAUCGUUUCUGUAUCAGUGACGGGAAUAUUGAUAGUUGCCUGUGUAGUGGUGUUUGCCAUUUGGACCUACAAAAAUAAAAAGAG